CACUGUCUCAUCUUGCGAUAACGGCGUGUUGCAACAAGCAGCGCUUAUUGGCCGAUACACACACAUACAUACAAACAGACGACCCGUGACCCCUGAAGAUAUCCGCCCGAACAAACGCAGAUAAGCCUUAAGGCGUCUUGGCUUCGUCAGUCGGUGCCGCGCUUUUUUGACACCAAACACCACCAUGCGGCUCUUCCUCUUGCUCUAUCUGAUAACGGAGGGGUUUUGCUUGCCCGCCAACUUGCUGUAUCGCACCGAUUUGCCCGAAGCUAAGCUUUUGCCCAAGGGGGAUGAUCUGUCGUCGCCGGAGAUAAGGUUAAAGGUGCCUGUGCUGUUUUUUGGGACUAGCUUCGGUUCGAUAUACGUAAACAACAAUGGCUUUCUAUCAUUCCAAACAGAAAUUCCUCUAUGGAUCAACAUGGAAUUUCCCCUAGAAUAUCCAAUCAUUGCUCCAUUUUACUCUAAUGUGGACACAACAAGAGCUGGUAGCGUGGUAUACUAUGAAACCGACGAUCCUGAAAUGUUGAGUAGAGCAACAGAGAACGCUCACGAAUUUUUCCUAAACUACGGAGAUUUUCAAGCUACUAGCUUGUUUGUGGUCACUUGGAAAGAUGUUGGUUACUUUGACCAGGGAGAUGACAAACUCAACACCUAUCAAGUGGCCAUAGCAACGGAUGGCGUGGAAACUUAUGUGGAGUUUCUGUAUCCUGACGGAGGAAUUCAGUGGAUACAAGGAACAGGAGAUCAAUCAGGUUUUCCAGAUGCUAGAGCUCAAGCAGGGAUUAUUUCACAUGAAGGAAAGAUGACUCUGUUACCGGGAUCAGGAACAGAACAAGUGCGAAAUCUUGCAAGGCUGACCAAUACUGGUAUAGACGGUCAAUUUGUAUUCAAAGUGGAUAAGCCAGAAAUUGAAGAACCAGAUGCCAUUUAUGAUAAGAAACCAAACAAGGGAGCACCAGAAUCGUGUGACGAAGCACCUACUUACUGUCACAUCAAUGCUGAGUGUAUAGACUAUGAUAGAGGGUUUUGUUGCAAGUGUCAACCUAAGUACUAUGGAAAUGGAAAGUACUGCAUUAAAAAGGACGUUCCCUUGAGGGUGAAUGGUAAAGUUAAUGGAAAAAUCAAUGGAGAAAGAUUGGAAAACCUUGACUUGCAAUCGUACGUAGUGAUGGCAGAUGGUAGAGCAUAUACCGCUGUAUCCAAAAUACCUCAGUCCAUAGGAUAUGAUAUACAGUCAGCUCAAAUUUUAGGAGGUUUAAUUGGAUAUUUGUUCGCGAAACCUCUACGAGAAGCAGAAAAUGGAUAUCAAAUUACAGGAGGGGUAUUCGAACAUUCAGCUACAGUGGAUUUCACAAAUACUAGUCAGAAAUUGUGGAUCAAAUCUAAGUUCCUUGGAUUGGACGUUUUUGAUCAACUCAGGUUAGAACUGACCCUAGAAGGUCAGAUACCAACCCUACCAAACGAUGUGCUGGUAAAUAUCGAAGAGUACCAAGAACAGUACACCAGAACAGAGCCUGGCUUGAUAGAGAACGCAGCUCAAAGAUCAUUCUGGUACGAAGCUCCAAACGGUGAAAGGAUUACCCACUACUACAAAGUCCAGCAGUCCUUCAAAAUAAAUGAAUGCCCAUUUGAAAAUAAUUCUGUACCUGAAACGUGGACUCUCAAAGUGGGGAAGAAUUUUAUUAGCUAUGAAGCUAGGGAGCAGAUUAUCCGAUUUGGAUUGAGCAACAAGAUCGUUCCUUUAGGAGAUUUUGAUCCAUGUGAAGAGGGUCGAAGGACUUGCGUUCCAAACAGCGCAUGCGUAGUAGAAAACGAUUCUUACCGUUGCAUUUGUAAGCCAGGUUUCCAAGAGAUCCAACUCCAGAACACUAUUCAAUGUGUUGACAUGAACGAAUGUCAAACUGGACAACACGACUGUGACUUUAAUGCUCAAUGUUCCAACACAUUCGGUAGCUACGAAUGCAGAUGUAAUCCUGGGUUUGAAGGAAAUGGCCACGUCUGUGAAAAUGCAAAGUCUUGUUACAACGUCACUUGUACUGAAAACGCUGAAUGUGUCGAAAACAAUGCUGUAGCCUACUGUCAGUGUUUGAAAGGAUUCACAGGGAAUGGUCAACAUUGUACUCCAGUAACAGACCAUAGUUGCCACAUAGCCAACAACUGUUCACCGUAUGGAUACUGUGCUAUCAAUCCAGAAACCAACAAUUAUUUCUGUUCCUGUCUACCUGGAUAUACAGGAGAUGGCUACCAAUGUGUAGAAGUACCUACUACCACCACUAAUGAUGAGGAAAUACUCACCACUACUGAAGGACCUAGACCUGGAGAGAGACGUCCACAAUCCUGCCUCCUAGGAGUCUGCUACUGUCCUUCCGGAUAUCGAACAGAAACCGGCACCAAGUACUGCCUGAAAGAAGACAAAGAAACGGAUGCCGAGAGCGAAAAAAUCGGUACCACCACAUACAAUCCUGAAGUUACCUGCGACGUGUUGAACAACUGUCACCGAAACGCAAGCUGUGUCUACUCCGACGACUUGCAUGCGUAUCAGUGCGUCUGCAACGAAGGAUUCGAAGGCAACGGAUACUCUUGCGAGCCCGAGUACAUUUCCUGCACCAAAUACGACAACUGCAGUCCUCAUGCAACUUGCACUUACGAUGAAAGUUUGGGAAGGUCCAAGUGCAUCUGCAACUCGGGAUAUGCUGGAGAUGGGCACACCUGUUCGAUUAUAGCUAUAUGCAGCUCCAACGGCGACUGUGCCGAAACAGAAGACUGCAUGUUAACAAGCUCUAAUAGAUACGAAUGUGUCUGUAAAGAAGGUUUUGUCAGAGAUUCGCAAUACCUUUGUGUUCAAGCCCAAGGCUCUUGUGGAGGAGGCAGAUGUGUUGAAAAUGCGGACUGUGUCUACGAUGAAGAUUAUCAAACCCACUUUUGUGCCUGCAAAGCUGGAUAUGUUGGUGAUGGUAUUACCAUAUGCAAAGAAAAGGUGAUCGGUUGUGAUACUUUGAACAACUGUGGAGCUCACGCUUAUUGUAAAUACAACGAGGAAGACCUGACUUACAAAUGUGUUUGCGAUGACGGCUUCUUUGGUGAUGGAUUCAACUGCUAUGCUCAAAGGAACUGUCACAUUGACCCCAGUAUGUGUGACCAACAUGCUGUUUGCCUCUCUGAUGCGAAUCGUCACUUUGUCUGCCAAUGCAACUCAGGCUACGUGGGUAAUGGCACUAUCUGCAAGGAGAUAUCCAAGCAUGAGGGCAAUUUUCUGCUGGUUAAUCAAGGGAUGGCUACUCUUCGAAUUCCCCUGGAGCCCACGAAAACAGGAAUCCACAAGCCAAUACAGGUAUUAGCCUUCCAAACGGCAGUAGGCUUGGACUUUGACUGCCUAGAAGGCCGUUUCUAUUGGAGUGACAUCAACGGAAGGGCUAUACGCAGCGCCCUAUUCAAUGGAAGUAUGAAGGAAGACUUUAUAUCGAAGGGCAUUGGAUCUCCGGAAGGACUAGCAGUUGACUGGGUUUCCAGAAAUAUCUACUGGACCGACUCAACUUUGGACACAAUCGAGGUGGCAGAUCUGGAUUCAAGACGUCGAAAGGUGUUAUUUGAUACAGGUCUGGUGAAUCCAAGAGGCAUAGCCGUCCAUCCGCAAAGAGGCAAGAUAUUCUGGACGGACUGGGAUAGAGUGCAGCCUAAAAUCGAAUGGGCCAAUGCAGAUGGUACUGGGAGGGAAAUAUUCCUACAAGUUGAAUCUGGUUCACUACCUAACUCGCUAACGAUAGACUACGACACUGAACAGCUCUGUUACGCUGACGCGGGGACUCACCAGAUAGAAUGCGUUUCAAUUGACACUAGGAUACGACAAACGGUAGCCGUCAAUUGUACAUAUCCGUUUGGAAUCGCUACCACAGAUAAGCAUAUCUACUGGUCAGACUGGAUCUCCAAACAGAUAGAACGCGUGGACAAAUACACUUUGAAACGCCUGCCUCCGAUCCCUGUUCUACCACUCAGCGGAAAAGGCAGCCGCCUUUUCGGCCUUGUAGCAGUAGCCAAUGCCUGUCCACCAGUCACCAACGUCUGCCAAUCGGCGUACAGGAACCAGUGCCCUGCGGAACACAUCUGUCUGCCAAACGGCAUGGGAAGUCGUCGGUGUGUAUGUGCGUUCAGGUCGGAUACGCCUGAGGAGAAACCUGGAUGCGCGUUAUAAACCUAGCGUGUCGAUUAAAUUAGUUUAGUUUACGAUAUUUUGUAUUGCUGUCAUUGUAUUUUUUAUUCAAUAAACGUUUUGUUUUAUGUGUU